UACUGGCAGCAGCUGAUACGCAAAGAUGGCCGACGCGGAUACAAACGAUACAAACGGAUGAUUUACGCAGCUCGGCGAGCCGCAAGCGCGAAGUGACACGCGACGGUGAGGAUCAGGAAUUCGUGUUUGCAAUCAUUUCCGAUAUUUCCUGAGGACAGUGCGUUUCACGUGUCACGUACUCCCGCGAGUAUCGCGUACUUCGCGAAAGUACUCCGAGGGAAUAUUUCGAACGACAUCGCCGGCACGGAUGUGAUCGCGAGUGAGAGAUCUCUCGAUCGAGUGCAUUCCAAUUGAAUCUGAAUCGGGUUCGGCGAUGCCGAUGCGACAUUUGUUUUGUCAGGCACGUGGCAGAAGUCGGCGAGUGACAUCGACGCAGUGGGAUCAUUUUCUCCGCAAUGACGCUUGUACGGCGACAUCGCAGAUAUCAUAAAUACUGCGUGAUCCCCCGCGUGUGUCAUCACGAUUAGAGUCGAGAAUUAUCAACUGAUGCAUCCCCUUUGAACGGCUCACGAUGGCUUACGAUUCACGUAACGUCAAGUAUUCACCGAACGCACAUACCCAUCCUCGAGCCAGCAUGACCGGAUAUGCUUACCCUGGCCACACGCCGCAGCAUUUCCAACAGACUGACGAGAACAGAAACGAGAACAACCUGUGCAAUGGCAAGGAACACUCCACGUCGUCGAUCUCGCAGCAAUCGUCCGGCACCCAGACCGUGCAGAAGGUGGACGCCGCGACGAUGACGGAUCCCCUGCAGAUUGACUUCAGACUCACCUCUGAGUACCUGGCGCGCUGCUCCAGCACACUGGGUUUACCAUACGUGACUACGAAGUACGAGGAUAGCAGCAAUAAUUCCCCACACAACUGUCAGGAAGUGAGACCGAAGAUUGAAUUCGAGAUCGAGCCACAGCAUAUUAAUGGUAUGUUGGUCUAUCAUUGUCCCGAGUGUGCAUACAGAUUCGAGGACCGGGAGGCGCUCCACGAACACCUGGAGGAUCACAAACAGAGGCCGCAUGUCUGUGAUAUUUGCGGGGCGAGCCUGAAACGGAAGGAGCACUUGGAUCGCCACAAGCAGGGUCACAACAAGGACAGACCUUAUCAGUGUAACAUGUGUUGUAAAGCAUUUAAGCGUAACGAGCACUUGGCGCGCCACAUGAUCACCCACUCGGGUCGCAAGAAUCAAGUUUGUACAGAGUGCGGCAAAGCCUUCUACAGGAAAGAUCACCUGAAGAAGCAUCUGCAGAGUCACAAUAGCAGUCGAAGCAAGCACUUGAACAUCUCGCAAGGCCACCAGAACAGUCAGCAGCCGGGCGACGAAGGCCUGAGCAGUCUCGCGAUGAUGAUGAGACAGACCGGGCCUCCUUCGUUCUCGAUUUUGCGGGCGUAGUUAUUACACCGUAACGUCUGUAUUAUAUAUAUUAUUGUCUCCGUCUAUAAGCGAGGUCGUUCUACUGUCUGGAUGAUUUAAUCCCGAAAGGGAUUAUAUUCAUACGAAUGCACUUUGUCUAACACACCUUUGCGCGAUAUAACGGAAACUUAUUGUUAAUACUGCAAGAAUCUAUCGUUUUUUUUGUUCUUUUUAAGCGAUGUCUUUAGUAGUAUUUUGCCGACGAGCAUGCAAAUCAAAUGAUUAAGUUAUCACUUUUGUAAUAUCCUUUAUAAUACGCAUGUAGCGGAUUGUGUAUCAAGUAUCUGUUAGCAUUCUUAAUUAAAACCCGAAAAACGAGUGUUUUAAUUAAAAUCUGACACAAAUGUUACCCCAUUGAUAACAUAAAUGUUCACGGCAUUACUUUUGGUACAUCAAUAGAAACAUCGGUUUUCGAAGUCUACUUUUGUUUGCGUAAUUUUGUUUUCUUUUUUUUUGCGCUUUUGAGUGUAAAUAAUUUUAUUUUUAGGUUGCCCAUCCUGAACAAGAUUAUAACGUGAAUCUCUCUUUGGGAUUCGGAUUUUAUUGUUGUCCGAAGUGAUAUUCUUCCUUCCAUUGACAGAUCGUAGAUUCACGAAGUGAACGUUGAUGGACAAUAGAAACAGAUUGCAAUAUCAUGAAACGUUAGAUCUCAAUAUAAUGCCAAUAACGGGUGUUUUUUUUUUCUAAAUGACAAAGAAACGAUGGUCUUGCUGAUGUAGUUGCUGAUACAAGGCAAUAACACGAUUCUCAACUUCGCGACAGUUCCCUUUCACAUUACUACAUUUAUGAAGUAGAGAAAGCCGAUUAUCCUAAUAUUGUAAGAUGCUAACAAUAUCGUAUAAAUAAAAAUCUGCAAUUUUUACAUUGUAGACCAUCAAGCAUUUCCGUCGAUGGUAUCGUGCGUAAAAUAAGUCUCGCAGAGAUUCACGAGAGGAUUAAUGACACAAUUCCACGAGUAUACAAUUGUUCAAACAUCCGAAAUAAAGACGUAUCGUCCACACAUGGAUUCGCUGAUAUGCAUAUCUGUAGAUAAAAUUUAUUGUUGCUUGGAAAGAACGGUUUAUCGUUUACGACAUGGUUGAGAAAGUUUUAUGUGUAUUGAAAUCAUGUUAAUUAUGUAUAUAUUACGGCUCAUUACCAGAUGCUGAUGAAAAUGUAUCCACUGUAACGUUUUGCGAGGCCAUGAAACUCACGUCGAUCUCGUUCAUUUCCAGCGUAGUGAUACGCAUCAUUGCAUUAGGACAGGCUCCAUAUACAUUAAUUGUAUUUAUAUGAAAAAUCAUAGUAUUUUAUUGGCAUUCUCUUGUUAUAUUGUUAGCUUGUGUGCUCAUUGUACAUUCACACGAACGUGUGUAUGCGCGAAAUAAGAGCGUACGAUCUAAAUCUCUAAAAAAACAAAGACAGGAGAGGACAGCAUUUUGUUAUUAACUGCGGCGAUCUUAAUUAUAUAAAUUAAUAAAUGAUUAUUAUAUAAAAA